GUUUUCUUUUUUUUGCGUAGUUUGGGUGGAUUGGUGGCAAAUCCGAGUUAUUUUAAAGUUUGGGGAGGAGGUAUAAAAGAUACUUUGACUUGUUUUCCUUUGCUUUUUGUUGUGUGUUCCGAAGUGGAAUAAGCAUUCACUGCAAACUGUCGAGAGAAACGAAAUAAUGCACUUCUGGACAAGCUUGCUCGUUUGGAUGGCACUUGGAGUUGGAUUUGUGAGUGUGGUGGAUGGGUAUGGCCGAGUAGGUCAUUGGAUGACAGGAUGGUUAGCCCAGCAAUGUUUGACAUCAGAAGCGAUAGAAUACGUUCGAUACCUCCUUCCGCAUCAUAACGGCAACCUAGCCAAGGCAGCAUUGUGGGCUGACGAAAUUAAGCAUGGUCAUACGUACGACUGGGCAGACCGUCUACACUACAUCAACCCUCCGGUGCCGUGCACCCCCAUCCCCGCCAAUUCAUGCACCCAGUGCGUUGUGGGCGGAAUAUACAAUUAUACGAGUCGCCUACUCUCACCAGAGUACACGAGGGAAGAGAAAGAAGAGGCGCUAAAGUUUUUGAUACACUUUAUUGGGGAUGUGCAUCAGCCUUUACAUGCGUCCGGGAGGAAUGCGGGUGGAACGGAGGUGAAGGUUGUGUUUGAUGGGCGGGUGACGAGUUUGCAUGAGGUUUGGGAUUACAUGCUUUUUGAGAAACGCAUUAGAAAGGACUUUUCAAGCAGUGUCAACACCUACGCAACCCACUUGCUCACUGAACUGGCCACAACCUGGUCACCUUCUCUUCCCUCCUGGGCCAGAUGUUCGCUCCCGAAAACUCUUCUCCUCCACUCAUCCAUUCCUUCCUCCAUUCCCGUCUGUCCCGAAGACUGGGCCACGCAUUCCGCACUCACAGCCUGCGAAGUCGUCUGGCCGCCUUACGACCAACACAAGGAUAAUUCGAAAUGGGAUUUAGGCCGCGAGUACUAUGACAAUGUGAUUGAUGAGGCAGAGUUGGGGGUUUUACAGGCUGGCGUGCGCAUAGCGUGGAUUAUCAAUGCGAUUGUCAGAGAAGUUGGUGAGGACCAAGCAGGCGUUGGGAGAGAAGUGACUGCUGAAGAGGUCGUGUCGUGGUGGUCCGGUGCGUGGUCGUGGGUGCGUAGUUUGGUGGAUCAAUCGGAUGAAACAGACGUAGAGGUUACGAAGAUUUACUCUGCAAAGUGGCGUUAGUUGGGUUGGCUGUAUAUGUUGAUGAGAGGGGAGCUUGUAAGUAUGUUGAGGCUGUUAGUUAGAGAGAAGGGAUAUAUACCUCGGUUAUAGACGCUAAGCCGGUGGGGGCAUUCUGUGACACGUUUCCGUAUCCAGAGAUACAUAAAAAAGAAAAGCUACUUUCCUGCAAAGUUUGCUUCGUUAUUUAUGGCUAUAGCGAAUGGAUGCAGAAAUGUUGUAUUUUUGUCUUCGGUCACGUCAACAGUACUAUGUAGCAUAUCUCUGCCAUAUCUCUUGAUCCAUAAAACAGCCC